UGUUUACAUUUGUCACAUUUGACACUUGCUACCUUUGCAACUCCACGUUCAACACCUGUUCAACGGACAAGAAGAUAUGAAAAAGAUAUUCUGUAUGGUAUGGCACUAGAAGAAGAUGGGAAAAGAAAGUUUAUAUUAUUGUUGCGAUCACCAACUGAAGGAGGCAUAGAUCAAUAUCAUAAGACAUUAGAAAGUAAAGGUUACAACCCUGUAAGUGUUCCAGUUUUAAAGUUUAAUUUUAUCAACAUUGAUGAAUAUACUGACAGACUGUCAAACUACACCAGUUACCAUUCAAUAGUGUUUACAAGUCAACAGGCCGUUAAAGCCACACAGGAAGUCAUACAGCCAUGGAAAGAAGGCAAGCAAUCAGAGCUAGUCAAGAGUCUUACUUGUUAUGUAGUUGGCAAGGCAACAGCAAAGACAGCAAGACAGCUAGGAUUCAGUCCUAAUGGUGAAGAGUCUGGUAAUGCUGAUAAUCUAUGUGAUUAUAUACUGUUAGAAAGGGAUGAAUCAGAAGAGAGGCCAAUUUUAUUUCCAUGUAGUAAUAUCAGAAAAGAUACUAUUUUAGAAAGACUAUGUUCUAAAGGUACUGAAGGGAUACCAGUAGAGGAACUGAAUGUAUAUGAGACUGUACACAGAGAUGAAAUAACAGAUGAAAUCAAAAGAUUGGUCGAUAAAUAUGGUAAGCCAUUUGCAGUAGUUUUCUUCAGUCCAUCUGGAGUGCAGGCCUUAAAAAAGAAUAAUCUGUUAGAGAUGCUGAAAUCAACAAAGGUUGUAGCUCUCGGACCUUCUACACAUUCAGAGUUGGAAAAAGAGUCUAUGGAAGUUUUUGGAACUGCAGAAAAACCGGAUCCUCUGUCUUUGCUUGAGGUCAUCAGAAGAUAAAACAUAGUUUUAAUUAUAUUAAAUUGUUAUGUUUUCAA